AUGUCUUUCUCCAUUCUUUCAUUCUUUCUUCCCUCCAUUCUUUAUAUAUUUCGACUCAGGCCAUAUUUCUUCUCUCAAUUUAUUCUUUGUCUUUCAUCUUUAUUUUAUUCGUGUAUACACCAAAUCUUUCUUAAUUUCUUUCUUUCUCUCUGUAUUUUUCUUUCUUUUUACUCUGCACAACUUUCUUCUCUCCCUUCGAUCUUUAUCUCUUCUUUUCAUUUCAUUCAUAUAUAUUCUUACUUGACAAUUUCUUUUCCAUUGCAUUUCUUACGCGUUAUUAAGUUUUGCUUAGUUAGCUUCUUUUUAUGUCAUUUCUUUGUUUUACAACGCCGUCAUUUUGUACAAUUUCCAUUUAAAUUUUGUUCAAUUCUUUCUUUCUUUCAUUCCGUCAUUCAUUCCGUCCUUAAUUGCGUUUUACCUAUUUUCUUUUCUUCCACACUUCCUCCCCUCCUUCCGUACUUCAUUCUUUAUUUCCUUCCUUCCCUCCAUCCUUUCUUUCUUUCUUUCUUUCUUUCUUUCUUUCUUUCUUUCUUUCUAAGCUUUCUCUGGAUCACACAUUCAUUUAUAUUGUGCCUAGAAUUUCAUUACUUUCUCCCGUUCUUUCAUUUAUUUUCUAAUCAACUUAUAUCCUAUUUUUUCUCCCACAUUUUUUCUCCUUUUUCUCUGACCAUAUCUUUAAUCCCUAGAUAUCUCUUAGUUCAUCCCGUCUUUUUUACCAAUUACACUAACUGCCUUCUUCUUCAUGGCACAACGAAUUAUUCCCUUGCCUCUUUUCUAUAUUACAAAAUUUAUUUAUGCCUUCUUCUUGUGUCUGUUGUUGCUUUCUUUCCAUCCAUAUUAUUUCUUUUUCGCUUAUCCUUACAACUUUAG